UGCGUGCGGGCCCCACAUCUCGCGCAGUCGUCACCAACGGAUACCGCGCUGCCUUCUCCGGAAUCACUGCCCACUUUCCCCGCCCAAGCCCAGCGGCGGCGCUCUCCACGCCAGAUCCAAUCCGCCGCGCGCAGCAGCAUUGCGUUCCUCUCUGGAGCGCAGGCGCGUCUGCACCGUUGGUAGGACGUGGAGAAGAGAGGAUGGGGCUGCCGCGCGAGGUGGUGGAGAUCAGCUCCGACGAGGAGGAGGAGGGGUGCUCCGGGAAGUUGUCCGUCUCGCCCGGCCCCCUCGGGUGGGUCGCCAAGCUCGGUGCAUCGCCGGCGCCGGUACCGCGGAAGAAGAAGGGCAGGUCCGCCGGCGUUCGCGGCGUCAAGUACGAGGACGGAGAGGACGACGAUUGCGUGGUUCUGGACGGUGACCCUCACAGGCCAGUAGCGGCUUCGGGUGCCAAGGGGAGAAAUGCGCGGAGGGAUGGCGCGUCGGACGAGGUGGAGAUCGUUGCCGUCAAAGGCGAGAUAGCGUGCAAGGACUUCCCUCACUCACGCCAUUCAUGUUCUGAAUUGCCCUUUAGCACCACAUCUCACGUGAAACAUUGCAGCAUGUGCUACUGUUUUGUCUGCGAUGCUCCUGCUCCAUGCAAGUAUUGGGGCAAAGGGCUCUCGAAUGAUGAUCAUUGUCAUGCCACCGACAAGGAAACAAAGUGGAAAACCCUGAGGCAAGUAUUCAAGUACAAAAAUCGGCCAGCGCCUUAUCUGGAAAAACACAGGAAUGUUGUGCACACAACAACGCCAACAGGGAGACAACAGGAAUACUACGAGGGGUGCACACCAGAGGAGUACAGGGUGCAGGAUGAGGGGGAGUACUUCGAGCCUGAUGAGGAGGCCACAGUGUGUGUCAGGAACUUACCCUAUGACAUUGACAGCGAGGACCUUGCACAGCUCUUCGUUUAUGCUGGAGGCGUCGUGUUCUCGGAGAUCAUCUACGACAGGGAAACAGGCCAGAGCUGUGGAUAUGGGUUUGUCACCAUGAGUACUGUUCAGGAGGCUGAGAAGGCUGUGGAGUUAUAUCAUCGCCGCGAGAUGGAUGGCAGACCUAUGACCGUGAACAAAGCAUCUGCUACUAGGGUUGCCCGGAUAGACGAAGAACCUUCUCCCCGUCGAUCCCUGUCUUCAUUCAAGAUCUUCGUGGCGAACAUUCCGUGGAAAGCGGACAACUCUAGUCUGAAGCAGCUGUUCAGCAAGUAUGGUGAAGUGAUCAACGCUAAAGUUGUUAAACACCACGGAGUGAGAGCAUUCGGCUUCGUCACAAUGGCAACACCGGAAGCAUCGGACCACGCCAUUUGGUACCUGAACAACCAGACUUGGAGGGGGCGUAGGCUGCGAGUGAGAUUUGCGAAAGAGAAGGGCCGUGCAUGAUGCUGGCUGAGAAUGUGUAGAGCUUUCAUUAGCCUUUUUUGCCAAAUUGCCAUGCUGCUCUCUGUUACUGUUACUACCCCUGUAACAGAUAAUGACACGAUAAAAGAAGCAUUAAGUUUUGUCUGUGACGAAAAACAUUUACUGACAAAAUCCUGUAAUGUUUA